AUGGACGAAUGCUGCUGCGACCGCGACGACCUGGACAAGAUUUCCAAGGGAUGGUCCAUUGCCAUGUUUUAUUCCAAGGAGAGGUUGCGGCGCGUAUACGAGCUCGACGAUGCGCAGCUCGACAAGGCGGUCGAGGACGGGAAGCUGGUUCUGGAGACGCUGUGCUUGUUUGUGCAUGCUUGCAUCAAGAGAGGGCAGUACAGGCUGCCCGCCGAAUUUUGGCGCGUACUACACGUCGAAUACGGCAUCGUCGUCUACCCCUCGGCCCUGACAGAGGAUAUUGACGUCCAAGGGCUGGGCGUUGACGUCACCUUUACAGACGCCUACUCGAAACAUAUAAUCAUGUUUGGGAGAUGCGGCAGCGAGUGCCAUCCGCCGCCGUGCCCGUUGCAAUACCUUCAGGAACCACCGCCCGUGUACCAAAAAUGA